CAAUUUGAAAAAGUUUACAUGUAGUGACAAAUCUGUAAUAGCAUGACCAGCUCCUGAUGAUUAUACAGUAUUUGGAAUUGUACAUUUCCCUGUAAGCAAGGGAUGAUAUAAUGGGCGUGAACAUGGAAAUUAUCUGCUAGUAAGGUACCACUUUGAAAGUUAUGACGAGUGAGCCUUUUCAUUGAUACGAAAUCAAAAAGGAAAUCCAAAUUUCCUACUCAUUAAAUACAAAUUGCGCAUCAUUCCGGACUAACUCACUUCAAUGCUAUUUAUCUUUACAAGCUGGCCCAAUUCAGCCCCUAUUUUGUAAGGCAUCCAGCACCAGUUUCUCAUUUGUUGAUUAUAUACUGUUUAAUCAGGAUUAAUAGAACUAAACAAUUGGUCUACUUUCUUACAAAUGACUGACACCAUUAAAAAUCCUGCGACGAUAUCAUCAAUUCUCAUACUUUCAUUAGGUUCACUGGUCAACUACAGCCUUUGAUUUUGGGCGAGAGGUGGAUUACAUCCUGGAGUGGUUGUCAUCAUAUCGCUGAGCACACGGGGAGAAACAACCAUUCGCACUCGCAUAUACGCAGUCUUGGAUGAGCUAACUUGCAUCUGUAGAGAUGUGGGGGACGCGCCGGCAAACUUGGAUCUGCACAUGGACAUCCGUGGAGUUUUACACGUGUUGGAUUAAUAUGACCACAUCGCCGAAUUGCCACCAGGCUCUCUUUCUAUUUGGGAAUAUUUAAGGCACAAAACCGGGAUCUUUUCCUGCGCAGGCGAGAAUCAUGCUUUGCAAAAUCCUUGCUUUAAUUCUCUUACAAGGUAUGUUGAGGUGUGAUGCUUGGGUCAUAUCAGAGGUCAACCCCGGGGGUGUCACGGACUCCGGCGGAGUCGCGGCUCUCAAGAAGUCUGACACGACGGAGCCCAAAUCCAGAUCCAAGCGCUGCACCUGCUAUUCCUACAAAGAUAAAGAGUGCAUCUAUUACUGCCAUUUGGACAUCAUCUGGAUCAAUACACCCGAACGUACGGUACCCUAUGGAAUGUCAAGUUACCAAGGAGCCCAGCGAAUCCGACGUGCUGCUGUUGGACGACUGGGCGAACAGGAGAAGAGAGACACUCAGCGCUGCAUAUGUGCUUCUCUUGAUGCAGACCCUGACUGCCAUCAGUUUUGUCAGCCGAGUUCCCUGCAGACUUGGGCAAAACCAAGUCUUCACAGAGUCCCGGGGCCUGGCUGACGGUUGGAUGCCUCUGCAUCUCCAGCUGUUUUCUUCAAGGAGUAGAUCCAUCCUUCGUCUUCAGCCCCAUCAUUCUCUUUGGCACACUUGCCUCCACAGGUACACUCCCCUUCAAGGAAGGAACUUUGGAGAUUGACACUGUCGACAUUCCUGAGCAUCAUAACUCUGGGAGCAAGUUCUAUCAGGCCGAGUGGUUUUAAGAACACUUCAGCAAAUUUGAUAUACAUCUCUGAAGGCUAUUCUCUUUUCUGUUCCCUCCUGAGCAGCAUAAGGAUUUCUUUCACCUUGAAAAUAUCACAUGAGCUUAUGCCAUGCUUGAGCCGACACCCUCUUUGUCGUCAUACAAUAUUUGCUAUCAUAUUGUGGACGAGAGUUGACUUUUUUUGUCGAAGACAGGGGUGUCAAACUCAUUUUUGUCGGGGGCCAUAUUGUAUUUAUGGUUUUCCUCAGAGGGGUAAUAUGACUGUGAAUCCAUAAAAAUCCUUAAAUGGCUUAUCAUAUUUACACAUGAUAUAAAUGAACUAGUUUUGGAAUCAGAAAUCAAGGGUAAUGGGUUUUUCAACUCUUGUUGAUAAUUGCUAACACAAAAAUACUUGCAAUAUCCCAAGGUCAUCAUGUAUGAUAUAACAAUUGGAAAUUUUGGUUCAGAUUUUAACCAAAAAAAUCACGGAAAUUGAUACAAAUGAUUUGCCUACGCGCUCCACAUAAAAUCAUGCGGCGGGCCGGAUCUGGGCCCCCGGACUUGAGUUUGACACCUGUGUUCAAACCAAUUACGUGAGCUGUAUUGUGCUUUCAGUAAACUAUGGGUGACACUGAUGAAAGUUCUGAAUCAAGGCACAAAUUCAGAACACAAAAAUAAUUGGAUAUCAUUCUUAUAAUCUCUGUGUUUUCUGAUACUACCUUUACUGAUAAAAUUAAUGACUCAUUUUGUACAUUAUUUUACAGAAAUAAUAUAAGUAUAUGUAUAUUAAUUAUAUAAAACAUGCUCUGUUCUGCUCUGUAACACUAACGUUCACCCCAGAUAAAUGUGAUUUUAUUUUACCUGAUUGUGCAUGACAACUAAAAUGUACUUGGAUCUUCAAUUCGGCCAGGAAGAAACAACCACCAUCAAAAAAAAAAAAAAAAAACACUCACAAGAUCACUGAAAGGCCUUUCCCCUUUCCAAAAUUUUGUAUGAUUUAUAUAUACAGUGUACAUAGUUUCAUUAACUAUGGUAAAUAAGGAUGAGAUUGACUGCCAUUGAUGGGAAAGUGACAACAUACUUCGAUAAGUUGAAAUUUUAGGAUGGAGUUUUUGAUAAUGAGAAAAACAUGGAAAAACACCAGUGAGAGCUUGUAUGUGCAAUGUGUGUUGAUUUACUGGAGGGCAUUAUUAAUAAAUCCCGACACCUCGGUUGAGAUACAAUCUUACUCUGAAGCUUGUGAAAAAAUGUGUUGCCCAAGGCUUCAACAGAUUGUGGUUCUCUAGACUUUUUAAAUUAUGAGUAUGGAGCUAAUUCACAGAGGUAAAAAAAACAAAAACAAAACAUCAACAACAAAAGCUAGCAUACAGUGAAAAGUCAAGUGUCUUGCCUCUUGUCCCAGACGCUAAAAGAAAAACCUUCAGCCUCUGGGGCAAGAAUUCCUCUCCCCUGAUGACCAAAAAUUAAGCGCUUCCUCUUCUGUGCCUUACUACUACCUGUAUGUCUCACCCACUUUUCUAAAUAGCCCCUUGACAAAUACCAAGCAAACAAUAUUUGCUUAUUUAUUUUUGACAUUCCUUAGUGAAGACAAGUCUUUAUGUUCUAUCGAUGUUUGUGAUGGUUAAAAUAAUUUUGUCAUACUGUACUCUACUGGACAGAGGAAAGGAGCACUCUGUGAAAUUUUAGUGGGUCCUGAAGCUUAUACUGGGGUUACAGUGUUGUGUAUUUAUAAUAAUUUACAAAUAUCUUUUCAAGGUUCUAUCGUAACAUUUGGGAAAGCAUUCAGUGUAAUGCAAAA